GCAACCGUAUCUUGGAAUAUGGGGGCUGCAUUGUUUCCUUUGCUCUUUGUGCCUUUGACUGAGAAUCUCGCAUCCUACAUCAUCUUCAUCAUUUUCCUCUUUCCUUCGGCCUUUGCGCAGAACUUUGCCACAAUGGUCGUCACUCGAUUCAUAGGAGGCGGCGCAUCGUCAGUCAGUAUCAACCUUGUAGGAGGUUCUAUCUCAGAUCUUUAUCGGACAGAGAAAGAGAGAUCAAUUCCAAUGUCUAUCUUCGGAUGGACUUCAGUAGUUGGCAUUGCACUUGGACCAUUCAUCGGUGGAGCUAUCCAGCGCAACCUCAACUGGAGAUGGAUAUACUAUAUUCAAAUUAUCUUCAAUGCUGGAUGUCUUCCCAUUUUCUGGCUUCUACUUAAGGAAACUCGAGGCGAUAAAGGCCAAAAGCUUCGCAAAGAAGGCCGCAAUGCUUAUGCUAAGAGCGAACUCAACAAAGACAGCGUACUUGAGAUGCUCAAGGUAUCUUUCAAAAGACCUACCAAGAUGCUGUUGACAGAGUACACUGUCGCUUCUUUUACCUGGGGUCUGCUGUUCUUGUUUCAAUCAUCAAUUACACAGACUUUCAGCACAAACUAUGGGUUUAGUGUCUUCCAGACCUCGCUCAUACAGUUGUCUCUGAGUGCAGGAGCUACGAUAGCUACUAUUGUCAAUCCUAUUCAAGAUCAGCUUUACUUGAGAUCGGCGGGGAGAAACAAAGAGUCUCCAGGAAAGCCUAUACCAGAGGCCAGACUUUACUUCUCCAUACCAGGAUCCCUGAUCUUUACAGCAGGAUUGUUCGUAUAUGGAUGGACCUCGUACACUUUUGUUCCGUGGAUCGCACCGGCUAUUGGAAUCGCAAUGGUUGGAUUUGGUAUCUAUUCCAUCUACCAAGCUGUUGUGAACUACUUUACGGAUGCUUACAGCAAAUACUCUGCCUCAGCAUUAUCGGCGGCCUCAUUCGGAAGAAACGUGUUCGGCGCAUUUCUCCCUCUCGCAUCUCCUCAAUUGUAUUCUAACCUUGGCUACCAAUGGGCUUCCACUUUGCUCGGUUUGGUAGCCCUGAUCUUGAGUUUGGCUCCUGUUUUUCUUCUUAUCAAAGGCUCUGCCAUCCGAGCCAGGAGUCCAUUCAUGGCAGAAUCUGCAUAUGAUGAUGAAGAUGCGGAAGAGAGAAAGAACGGAUCGGUGGCAGAACCAGCAGGUCGAGCGGGUGGUAACCCUGGACCCCAUGGACAGGCGGUACCUGCUACUGUUUAG